AUGGCAGAUCGCACAGAUGGACGUUUCAAGGACAAGGAGGCAGCGAGCAUCAAAGCGACAAAGUUUCCCGCGCACUUCAGCGAGCGGGUCGAUCUGCGCAAGGUCAACAUUAGCGUGCUGCGCCCUUGGAUCGCCAAGCGCCUGAUCGAGCUGAUGCGCGUGGAGGACGACGUUGUUGUCGAGUAUGUGUACAGCAUGCUGGAGGACAAGGACAAGCCGCUCCCCGACCCCAAGAAGAUGCAGGUUAACCUUGUCGGGUUCAUGGACAAGUACGGUGCUGCGGCUUUCAUGGACGAGCUGUGGAAGUUGCUCCUGAGCGCGCAGGCGACGGUUGGCGGCGUGCCGGCGGAGUUCAUCGAGGCCAAGAAGCAGGAGAUCGAGGCGGCGCGUGCUGGAAAUGUAGCCAGCGGCGACCUCGAGGGCCAGAUGCGUGCGCGAUCUGACGCCCUCGCCGAGCGCGACGGAGGACGGGGCGGGUACGGACACGACAGUGGGCGAAGCUGGGAGCCGCGUGGAGGCCGUGGCCGCGGCGACCGUGGGUAUGGCGGCGGCGGUGGCGAUAGAGGAUGGGAACCGCGUCGCGGAGGAUGGGGAGGGGGCGGUGGUGGCGGUGGUGGCGGCUACGGACGCGAACGCGACAGCGGGUGGGGUGGGCGCGGCGGGCAGAGGGAUGGCGGCUAUGGGCAGCGGGAUAGCGGUUAUGAGCGGGAGAGUGGCUACGGACAGAGGGACUAUGGAAGGGGUCGCGAGCGCGAGCGCUCCCCACCGCGGAGGAGGUCGCCAAGCCCUCGGAGGCGCGAGGACCCUCCGCUUCGCUCUUCUCCGCGCCGUCAAUUGGACGUGCCCGUCAAGCGUGAGCAUAGCCCCAUUGACCGGGAUGUGCGCCGACGCCGUGAGCGUGAAGACACUCCUCCUCGCCGCGCUCGUGAUGAUACACCACCGCGCCGUGCUCGGGACGAUGUUCCGCUGCGUCGUGCACGUGACGACACCCCUCCUCGCCAUGCACGCGAGGAUACGCCUCCUCGCCGGACGCGUGAUGACACCCGGCGCCAAAAUGAUGACUCGACGCCCCAGCGCCGUGGUGGUGGGGACGACGACACGCCUCCUCGACGUGCGACGCGUAAUGAUGACACGCCUCCCCGCAGGGCAGCACGCGAUGACACGCCUCCGCGUAAGGCGACACGCGAUGACUCAACGCCUCCCCGUCGUCGUCGUGAUUCUACUCCUCCUAACCGCGAACCUGAGCCUGAGCCGGAGCCGGCCGGUUCCCACUCGCCUGAGAAGCGCGCCGAGAAGAAGAAGAAGAAGGAGGACCCGUUGGCCAAGAGCCGCUGGGCAUAG